AGAGAGAAACAGACUGAAAGCAGAAGAGAGAGAGGGGAGUCUGUGUGUUCGUUUCACCUCCUAAUCAGUUUUCCUGGGGGAUCUAUCAUCGGCUGCAGCGGAAGAGACAAGUUGAAAGCGGAGAAAGAAGAUAGUAAAUUUCUUCUUCUUCUUCUUCUUCUUCUUCACCCAUCACUAAUUUGAAUCUCAUACAAGUAACAAUGGACGCCGCUCUUUCCACCCCCUGCAAUAUCCAGAUCUGUGAGGUGACCUGUGACUCCUUCCGCAUUAUGUGGGACAUGACCCCGGAGGACACAGCAAGAGCCACACACUUCUUCAUUGACCUGAGUCGCAAAGAGAGCAGGGAUCCUAACCGCUUCAAACACAGGGAUGUGCCAACUAAGCUUGUGGCUAAAGCUGUGCCUUUGCCCAUGGCAGUAAGAGGACACUGGUUCCUCAGCCCCCGGACAGAGUACUGUGUGGCUGUGCAGACAGCUGUCCGACAGCCAGACGGCGAUUACCUGGUGUCAGAGUGGAGCCAGGUGGUGGAGUUCUGCACUGGGGACUAUGCUGUAGAACACCUACAGCAACUCCUUGACAAAGCAAAGGGCUCCACAGGGAGACUGCUGAAAUUCUCUGUGUUUUACCGCAACCAGCACCCAGAGUACUUCGACUAUGUCAGAAAGCACUGCGGGGGACUGAUGCGUCCAGCCCUAAAAGACAACAGUGGGAGUCAUGGUUCUCCAAUCAACGGCAAACUGCAUGGAGUUUUCUUCAGUUGUAACACUGAGUUUGACACAGGCCUUCCUCCAAAGGACUCUCCCUAUGGCCCUCUCCGUUUCCAGAUCCCAGCUGGACACUUGUUGAAUCCUAACAUCAGCCUGUACUUUGCAGACUUUUAUUGCAUGUACACAGCCUACCACUAUGUGGUGCUGGUGCUAGCCCCUGUUGGCUCAGAGGGCGACACUUUCUGCCGUACCCGGCUUCAUAUGCUGGACUUAGCCUCCAACCCAUUCCUGACGUACACAGCCCCGCAGUUACCCGGGGAGGAGCCCCAGUUCUGUCAUGCCAGUGAUGUUAUCCUCGAAGUGCUUUUCACUGAGCCAGUUCAUUUGGACCAGGGCUCGGUGCAGCAGAUCAGUGGACACCACCAGCUCAUGAGUCUGACCACAGCCAACGCAAAGAAAGACCCUAGCUGCAAAGUGUGUAAUAUCAGUGUGGGCCGCUGAGGCACUAAUGUGCAGUACAGACCUUAUGCUGUGUCAACUUCCGAUGAUAUAAGACAGCUGAACUUACCCUGUGUAGGUCACAGCAGGAACAGCUCACUUCUGUCUGCAUGCUGUUUCUCCUCUUCCCUUAUGCCUGGAAUAGAAUAGUGCUAAAUAUUCUUUUAAAAUGUAUUUUGCUCAACUUCAUUUUCGUCACAGAAUAGUUAUAAAUGCCCCUCUAUGACAGAUGAAAAGAUAAUUCAACAAAUUAUAGUGUUUUAAGAUACAGGAGAAAGAUGUACCCCCUGGUUUUUGUCUCACUAAUCUUUUUCAUAUCUUUAAUUUGUCAUUUCCCUUUUGUUUUAUUGUCCAAAUAGUUAGAUGUGUCCAUGUUUCGUUGUUUCACAUAAACUGCUACCCCUAUAAAAAAAAAAAAAAAACCCUCAGUGAUUUCAAACAUAAAGACCAUAACCAAUAUAAAACACAAAAAGCCUAUUUUUUCUGCUUUGUGUGAUGAUCUAUCUACAAAAAUCACUGCCAGAUCUUCAUCUGACUGCCAAAUGUCCAACCAUUACAGUUACCAUGGAGGUUUAAUUGUAAUAAUCAGGAUCCCUGCAGAUAAGUGACUGCUUCUUAUAUAAUAUUAUGAUCCUUAAUCACACAAAGUGAAUAACUCCGUAUUACUGCAUGAACAUGGAAUAUAACACUGAGAGCACAAGGCUGACAGCUUUGUGAAUAAGGCGGAAGGUAAGGGGAAAGAUGAUAUCACAUAGAUCCCUGUUAUCUGACAGCUCCCUCCCAACUCUACAAAGAGGGCAGUGCUAAGAUUAGCUACUCUGCUGCUAUGGGGCUCCAUUUAUCCCUGCCCAGUAAUCUCUGACCUAUAUGGGAAUCCCAAAAAUGCCCCGAGUGAAAGGGAUCCCCUCCUCCCCAUGAAAUGCACAGGCUGGUGAGAGGCCAAAAUGUAGGACGCAACAAGCAAGUAAGUACAUGAGUCAAACAUUUAAUGCAGAACACCACAAAAGAAAAAGGAAUGUGACUAAACAGACAUUAUUUUUAAGAUUUUUUUUCUAUGAAAGUUAUAAAUGUUCCUCCAUGACAGAUGAAAAUGAUGUGUGUAAAUAUUUAUGACAACCAGAACAAAGAUAGAACAAUGCAAAUGUAAUAAAAAAAAAUUCAAGCUAUCUAUAGACGUUAAUGAUACAAUAUUUAUGACAAAUAUAUAAGUCAUGCCCUUUCAUUUGCAUUUUUUUCCUUGACAGAGAUGUGAGUUCACACACACAACAAUGCUGUAAUUCUCCCCAUUAUUAUUGUCCCAGAAGGGUUGAGCGUGCCCUCCUGGUAAAUAACACAGACAGAAUUCUAUUUUCCUUUUGGCAUCAAGCACUUUAGGAAUAGCAAUGUCAAACUCAAAGAUGUCUGUCUGCGGUCCUCCGAAGCGUUUCUGCAGAUACGUACAGGGUACAUCUUUGUAGCUCUGCCAUGAGUCGAAGGUGAUGCGUACAUGCACAUCCUUUUGAAAACUGAUGUUUCUGACUCUGACGGUACCUUGGAUGGCCUGUUCAGUGACACUGCAGUUCUCUAGGACGACCAUGCUUUCUUCCAGUCUGGCACGAAAAGCCUGGAAAUCUGCAGAAGGCUGUGGGAAGCCCAGUUUAAGCUGUGUUCCUGGACAGUAGGUACUGACGGUGCAGCUGUAGCUGUCCUCUGUCAGGAUUCCCAAACCCUGGAGAGAUGGCAGUAAGUCGAGGUCAGACUGCUCCUCUUCAUCAGAAAAGACUCUCACGGCGGUUAGAGAGAAACCCUUUGAGUCAGCAAAUACCACGCGUUUGUUCUUGAUUGGGACGAUUUCAUCUUCAUCAUCAAAGUCAUCCAGGAGGAGGUGGGUCAGAUAGGGUUGGUCCAAGAUGUCGGAGGGGUAUGAAACUGGAGGACGGAGACAGGGGCGCUGGGGCUUCAGGAUGGGGACCCAGACAUGAGGACAUAACUGCUUACUUUGGUUUAAACACAGUCUGACAGCAACCUCCAGAAGUCCUGCAGAGUGGGCCAUUGACCUUAGACCAGUCAUUGGCAGGACACUGAAAGACAAACAGCCAUCCUAUUAAAACCUCUGCCCUUCAAAUGUGAUUAAAUAUUUGGAAAUACUGUAGGUAUUACAUACAAAAAAAGGCUGUUCAUUUAGACUGUCUCAACAAACUGAGGUGACAUAAUACAAAAAAGGUCACACAUUAUUUCCACUUUUUGAUAAUAGUUACAGGGAUGGCGCAAUCUAAUAUAACCUACAACAUAACAUGUAUCAAACUCUUACUUUGUCCUGGAGAUCUCCAUACUGGUCAUUAGGUGUAGACUGAAGGGAAUGAAGACCCCAGUGCCAGGUUGGAAUCUA